AUGCGUUACAAGAAACUGGAUACUGUGGUGUNUGGUGCCGAUGCCCUGUGCUAUGUUGACAAAAUGUUCAGCAGGGGACUGACCCAGUCCGAUUUCGUGGUGGUCUACGAGCUGCUGUGCGGGAUCUUCCCACUGUCCACGUUGCCGUAUGAAGGGACCCACCCCUGGGGCGCUUUGCUCACCAGACACAUUGUCCACCGGGAACGCAGUAACACAGUGCUGGUGUCCACUCUCGAGCUACUCAGUACCGAUGUCUCGUUGGGACCACAGCUGCCACGGGUACCCACGGACGUGCUACAUAAAAAGUCACUCUCCGCCAUCCUCUCGAGGGUACAGCAACAGCACCCGUUCCAGAAGUUCCUCGUGGAGCUGCAACGGACACUGCAGAGGCUCGACCAACGUGGCUGUAUACAUUGGACAGACACUCACAGGAGGUACCACAUGUACCAAUAUGUCAUAAGAGGGAAUCAUGUGGUUCAAAGUGGUACCAAGUUGGUCCCAUGGUCAUUCGUGACAUACUCCAGUGACUACUGUUGUGGUGUCAUGGAGGUUGUUCCCUGCACUGUCGGUGAUGCCCAGAUAGAUGACGUGUUCAUCCACGGGAUGGCUAACAUGUUACUUGGUGACGUUGUUGGUGACAUGGUAAAGGUGAGAGAAGGGGGCCAAAGAAAGUUCCCACUUGCACUGGAUCACCACUGGAUAAUGCAAUUUGAGGAGGCAAGGGAACUUGUUGAACGACUAAAAAAGGAUUUUGACCUGGUGGACACAACGAGUGUGACCUUAGUAAAUUGUGAUCUAUUGGUGUUAUUGAAGGAGAAACUGGUAAAGUUGUACCACAAAGACGGCAGUUUCCUGGAAACAGCUAUAAGAAGUGUGCUACGCAAGGCCAACUCGGUUGGUCAUGGGGAAGUGCAACAGUGCUGGAGCUACAUCUUCGGGAAACUGGGCGGGGUAGAGUGUCUCAUUGGUAUGGACCAGCUAGUGGAAUGUUUGGUGUCAAGUAACGGUAUCGACACUCUGUUGUCAUUGAACCCGUUUGUAGAUAGUCCCAAGGAGCUGUUGGCAAUGGUAGCUGCCGUGAUGAUGACCGUGAACAGACGUUGUGUCACUGCCAAAGCGAUAUCGCAGGUGUCACAAAUAAUUGAUCAAGUAGAAAGGGGUGUCACAAAAGACACACUUUGCAGUUCCAUGGAUGUGCUUUGUGACCAACUGUGUGUUACUAGACAUUAUGUCAAGGUGUCUGGUGACAAUGGCAAUGUGAAAGCAGUGAUGGACCCCAGGCUCCUUCUGUUCGAGUUCAGCAAUGACUUGGUGCUACGUAAGACGCAGGUGGAACUGCUCAAAGAGUUCUGUGAAGCAGUGGAGAGGGGUGAGAGCAGGUGCCACCAGAUGAUCAUGGGUCAAGGCAAGACCACUGUGGUGGGACCACUACUCUCGGUGAUGUUGGCGAAUGGAAGACAAUUGUUCGUGCAGGUGUGUCCGAGUGAGCUUCUAGAGUUCACCAAGAACGUUCUGAGAGAGACCUUUUCAGCGGUCAUCCGUAAGGGAGUGUUCACACUGCACUUCAGCAGGUACCACCGAGCCACGCCCGAGCUGUACCUCAAGUUGCUCCAAGCUAGAGAGACGGGGUCCAUUGUUGUCUGCACACCUACCACUAUCAAAUCCAUCUUCCUCAAAUGCAUCCUGUGUUACUACAAGUUGAGAGAGGGUACCGUCCCAGAGGGUACCGUGGCCAGGGUGACAAGGAUCCACCAGAGGUUGUCCAAGAUAUGGAACAUGAGGUAUGUCGGGGGUGUGGAACAGAGUCUGGAUGACAUCUAUCGUGACACGCAGCUGGAGUUGGAUGUGCUGCUAAGGAUCCUGGAACUGUUCUCCAGUGGCAUCCUGCUGAUGGACGAGAUCGACCUGCUGUUGCACCCACUGAAAAGCGAGCUGCAUUGGCCAAUUGGCAGUAAACAGCCGUUGAAACAACUGGAGGGGAGUGACCACGAGAUACGUUGGUUGUUGCCAUGGUAUGUCUUGGCGAUGGUUGUCAAUGGUGGACACCAAGAACUAGAAAGAUGUAUCCGGGACGGUGUCGACCAAUGCCAUGUGACAAUGUCACCACACAUGGUCAUACUCAAUAUGCAGUGGUACCGAGACAAGCUGUUGCCAAUACUGGAGGAGUUGACAAAGGAGUAUCUGGAGAAGUACAUGUUGUUGACACAGAUGGACGCAGUGUUGUACACUAGGGAAUGGCUACGGACAACGUUGCCAUAUAUGCUGUCGAAAGUGAAUUUGGUUAAUUAUGGUGUGAUAAAGGAGGAGCAAAUCAGCAGUGUUAGUGUACCGUUGACAAGACGUACUCUAGCUGUCCCCUUCGUUGGCAAAGGCACCCCCAGUAGCCACUCGGAGUUCUCACACCCAGACGUUUUAAUAGGUUUCACGAUGUUGAGCUACAUGUACCAAGGUCUGAGAAGGUGUGACUUUGUGACUGCACUGAGGCACCUUGUGUCGAGGUUGUACACAGAACCCGGGACUGUACAAGAUCGACCUGCGUACACGUUGUUCUGUCAGUGGGUUGAAGGAGCUGGUGGCAGAAUGCGUUGUAGUAAAAGGAAAAAAGAAGUAAGGUAUUAUUAUCUGAAGAAUGUUUUACAAAGUCAUGUUGGUGACACUGUGCUGUGGGACAUUAAUGAUGACAUACCUACUUUGGAUGUUGUUAACGUGGAUGAUAGGGAGCAGGUGGAUCUGUUGUAUCAAUUGUUGCGACGUGAGUUGGAGGUGAUCAAAUACUACCUGUGCGAGAUACUGCUGCCAGCUGCGAUGGAACACACGAGGUUGCAGGUGACCGCGAGUGCGAUGGAACUGGGUACUUCCAUGUUGUUCCCAGUGAGACUGGGGUUCUCGGGGACACCGUCACAGCUGUUGCCCAGGGAGAUGGGUGGAUGUCAUUACAGUCGUGGUGUGGAUGCUCGCAUCAUAGAUGUGUUAUGUGACCCUGGUGUGGUCAUGGGACCCACUGUGUUGGAGACGGGGUGGACCAGUGACACUGUGCUGGACCUGGUGGCAAGGCACCCAGAUCGACCUCUAGCACUGAUCGACACAGGUGCUCUGAUUAGCAAUAUGAGCAAUCUGGAGGUGGCCAUGGAGUUGUUACGAAGGGGUCUGGAACACGUGGACGGAGUUGUCUAUAUGGACCAGGAGGACAGACAGAUGGUGUUGCUGAGGGACCGUUACAGGACCUCUUUAUUGACACACUGCGGGAUACCACCGGAACGUAGGUUCACGUUCUACGACCAGGUACACGCCACGGGACAGGACAUCAGACAGUGUGCCACGGCGAUGGCGAUGAUCACAGUGGGUCCCAACAUGACCUACAGAGACUACUCCCAAGGGGCAUGGCGGAUGAGAGAGGUGGGUCGGGGACAGACAUUGCACCUAGUGGUGCCGAGAGAGUUGGACAGAGUGAUCGAGAUGGACCAAGGAAAGGCACAGUUGAAGAUAGUACAAUGUCUACAGUGGUUGGUUGUCAAAGGUGUGUUGGAGGAUGUGAGACUGAAGACAGUGUUGGAGGAACAACAACGAGAGAAUGCGGUGAGAAAACAAGCAUUUGUUAAGAUGAUAGAAACACGUGACGAUGAGUGUGCUAUUGACACAUUCCUAGAGUACAAAGAGUACGGGGUGGGUGAGAUGGAGUUGGAGACGUUACAUGAACAGGAGAUGGAACUGUUGGAGGUGGUCGAGGAAGAAUGUACACACCAGAAACAACAGAUGCAGCAGGAAGAGUGUGAAACGGACGACGAGAGACCUGUUCCACACAAGUACAACAGGACGGACGAAACGGUUGUACAUUGGCCACUGGACAGGUUGCACCAGGAAGGUCACGGGUUCACCAUGUUGAGAGACUUCUAUGUCUACAGGAAGGAUAACAAACGUUUGACGAUGCCGUUCCCAGAGUGGCUCCAAUUCAGCCCGAAUUACUACAAGAUGACAUGGAGCAACAUGGGUCAUCGUAGAUUGAAGAACGUGGUGGUUGUUGUGGACGUCCUGGGUAACGGGACAGGUACCAUCUGGGGACAGGGACCGAUGGACAAACAGGAUGCAGAGAUUGUGGAAUUGUAUUUGGGACACUAUACACAACAAACACGCUUGGACUGUGAAAGGUCAUUGUGUAUGUUGGAUGCGGGACGUAGGUUCGUGGUGGUCACCCUGGCCGAAGCCGAGGCUAUACGGGGGUGGAUACACCACAGACGGAUGGACACAGCCAUGGCACUGCGUAACCUAGGGGCACAUUUCGAGCCGUUCGAUGAAGGUGGAAAAUAUGCAACCACGGGUUGGGACAAACUGUUGGCGAUAGUCGGCGUGCAACCGAGGGUGGCAAGGGCCUGUCUCAAGUGGUUCAACUCGGAACAUGGGUACACAGACGCAGAACGUGGGUUACUGAAACAUGUAUUUAAAGGGGUACCACAGAAAGCAUGUGAAGAAUACUUUGUCAGUCUGAGUGACACUAGGUGUUGUCCCAAACGUGUGGUGUAG